AUGGCCCCACACAUCACCGCAGCGAACGUGAAGAUAAAACGCUACGGUAAUACCGACGGGGCAGAGGGCACUUAUGGUCGAAAGCUAAGCCAGUGCGGAGAGAAUGAAGCUUCCCCGACAGAGGAGGCUCCAGAUCGCAAGCCAGCAGCCAGUCGCGGGCGCCCGGAGCUGAAGCUCUCCCCAGACGGCCGGGCGGAUGCCGACGUCAGCACAGCUUGGCUCUGGAGGUUUGGGCCAAAGCCCCCCUCGCUGAAGACCCGCAACGUGAGCAGCCCGCGGCCCGGACCGGGUGUGCACGUGCGGCCGUGGCCGCCCGGGGCCGUGUCCAGCCGCUGUGGCAAGCGAGGGCCCACAGCCCUCGCCUACACUAGCGCACACGGCUGGUGGGCAGCUUCACAGCCAGGCCCCUCUGCCUUGCUGCUGCCCGGCACGCUGGCCGGUGGGCUGGCCCGCUGCCCCGUCACCCCCGCAUGCUCGAGCGCCUGGGUGCGUGGCCAUAAGGGUGGGCCCGGAGGGGCCUGGAUCCUGACCAGCGCGCUCCGGGUGGGCCUCGCGCGGCACGUGGGCCAGGCCGUCCGCGACCACUCGCUGGCCAGCUCGUCCUCCAAGGCCCGCGUGGUGACCAUCGGCAUGGCCUCGCUGGGCCACGUCCUGCACAGCCAGCUUCUGGACUUCGCCCAGGAGGACAGGCCCGUCCAGUACCCCGCAGACGGCAGCAGCCAGGGCCCCCGCCACCCUCUGGACAGCAGCCACUCCCACUUCAUCCUGGUCGAGCCGGGGCCCCGCGGCACCGGGGACGGCGCCACGGAGCUGCGCCUGAGGCUGGAGCAGCACAUCUCAGAGCAGAGGGCCAGCUACGGGGCCUGCAAGAGCCACAGCCAGGAGCCCCAGGACUACCUGGACGAGCUCAAGCUGGCCGUGGCCUGGGACCGUGUGGACAUCGCCAGGAGCGAGAUCUUCAACGGGGACGUGGAGUGGAAGUCCCGCCACCUGGAGGAGGUCAUGAUGGACGCGCUGGUGAGCGACAAGCCCGAGUUCGUGCGGCUCUUCGUGGACAACGGCGCCGACGUGGCCGACUUCCUGACGCUGGGGCGGCUGCAGCAGCUGUACCGCUCGGUGGCGCCCCGGAGCCUGCUCUUCGGCCUGCUGCGGCGCAAGCACGAGGAGGGCCGCCUGGCGCUGGCCCCGCAGCCGCGGGAGCCGCCCUCGGGGCAGCCGGCCUUCUCGCUGCUCGAGGUCUCCCGGCUGCUCAAGGACUUCCUGCACGACGCCUGCCGCGGCUUCUACCAGGCGGUCAGGCCGGGGCCUGACGCCCUGGUCCUGCAGAAGGGCCCGGCCAAGCGGCCCACUGGCCAGAAGGGGCUGUUGGACCUGAGCCAGAAGAGCGAGACCCCCUGGAGGGACCUGUUCCUGUGGGCCGUGCUGCAGGGCCGCCACGAGAUGGCCACCUACUUCUGGGCCAUGGGCCAGGAGGGCGUGGCCGCCGCUCUCGCCGCCUGCAAGAUCCUCAAGGAGAUGUCCCACCUGGAGACCCAGGCCCAGGCGGGCAGCGCCCUGCGCGAGGCCAAGUAUGAGCAGCUGGCGCUAGACCUCUUCUCCGAGUGCUACAGCAGCAGCCAGGACCGCGCCUUCGCCCUGCUGGUGCGCCGCAACCGCUGCUGGGGCAGGACCACCUGCCUGCACCUGGCCGCCGAGGCCGACGCCAAGGCCUUCUUUGCCCACGACGGGGUGCAGGCCUUCCUGACCAAGAUCUGGUGGGGGGACAUGGCCUCGGGCACCCCCAUCCUGCGGCUGCUGGGCGCCUUCUUCUGCCCGGCCCUCAUCUACACCAACCUCAUCACCUUCAGUGAGGAGGCCCCGCUGAGGACCGGCCCGGAGGACCUGCAGGAGCUGGACAGCCUGGACACGGAGAAGAGCCCUGUGGCCUCAUCGCCGUGCAGGGUGAAGGAACCGGGCCCUCAGGAGCGCAGGGCCAGGGGCCCCCAGGCCGCCUUCCUGCUUGCGCGCUGGCGCAAGUUCUGGGGCGCACCCGUGACGGUGUUCCUGGGGAACGUGGUCAUGUACUUCGCCUUCCUGCUCCUGUUCGCUCACGUGCUGCUGGUGGACUUCAGGCCGCCUCCCCAGGGGCCCUCGGGGCCCGAGGUCACCCUCUACUUCUGGGUCUUCACCUUGGUGCUGGAGGAGAUCCGGCAGGGCUUCUUCACGGACGAGGACAGCCACCUGGCGAAGCAGCUCACGCUCUACGUGGAGGACAACUGGAACAAGUGCGACAUGGUGGCCAUCCUCCUGUUCGUCGUGGGCGUCACCUGCAGGAUGCUGCCCUCGGCGUUCGAGGCGGGCCGCACAGUGCUGGCCCUGGACUUCAUGGUGUUCGCGCUCCGGCUCAUCCACAUCUUCGCCAUCCACAAGCAGCUGGGCCCCAAGAUCAUCAUCGUGGAGCGGAUGGACCUUCAGCACGGUGGGAGAGGGGCGGGGCGCGGCCGGGCAGCUGGCGGCGUGUGGCGGCAAGGGCGGGCGCUGAUGGCCUCGGCCCCCAGCUACACCUUCCAGGCGGUGCAGGGCAACGCCGACACCUUCUGGAAGUCCCAGCGCUACCACCUGACCGUGGAGUACCACGAGCGCCCCGCCCUGGCCCCGCCCUUCAUCCUGCUCAGCCACCUGGGCCUGGCGCUCCAGAGGGCCCUGCGGAGAGGCGCCCGGCCGAGGCGGGCGCGCCUGGACAGGGACCUGCCCCAGCCCCUGGACCAGAAGGUGGCGGCAUGGGAGGCUGUGCAGAAGGAGGACUUCCUGGGCAAGCUGGCCGCGCGGCGCAAGGACAGCCAGGGCGAGCUGCUGCGCAAGGCGGCCCACAGGGCGGACUUCGUGGUCAAGUACCUGGGGGGCCUGAGGGAGCAGGACCGGCGCAUCAGGCGGCUGGAGUCACAGGUCAACUACUGCACGGUGCUCCUGUCCUCUGUGGCCGACUCUCUGGCCCAGGGUAUCUCCCACCAGACUGAGGCUUUCCUUCCCUACCAGACCCUGGCAACUUGGGCACCAGGAACCUGCAGGCCUCUGCUGACAACGGUCCUGGCAACAGGAAGCACCCCGAAGCUGCCCAGCUGCCCUCAGACACCAUCCCCCCGGGGCCGUCAGCCUGAGCUACCCCAGCCUAGAUCUGGGUGGGCAGGAGGGGCGCAGCGCUGACGCAUGGGAUGUGGGGUCUCGUGGGAGGAAACCUCCAGGCCCUGUGGGCACACCCCCCCAUGCCCAUCGGGUGUGACAAGCCCUCCUGGGAGCCACCCCACCCCCCAGGUGCCCCCCGGACACCCCACCGGCCUGCGACC